AUGGCGUUACAAGAGCUGCCAUCUGCCUUACGGCAGCUCACUAUUAAGCAUAUAGGUCAGAGAGCAAGGUGUCAGACCCCAAUUGCUCGUCGAUAUGCAUCUGGAGAAGCUACAGCUGCAGCGCCGUCGGAAACACCAAUUUCAGAAGAUCUGCAAGACCUUGAACCAGCAUCGUCUUUCACAACGAAGUUCUCGCGCGAAGCUGUAAAGGAUUAUGAUCCAGUAAAGAGAGCAAAGGAUCGCAAAUAUCAGCUUCCUGCCAGUCGUUACCAAUAUCGAUCCCCAAGAUACUAUCGCGGACCGCUACACCCUCAUCAACCUCCUCCUACCUCAGAUCCUGCGUCGAGAGAGUUUAUUCCCGGACCAUUUUCACACAAUCGUCUCGAACAAACAUGGCAGAGCACGAUAUCCCAGGAUAUCAUGACUUUAGGAUAUGUACACAAGCCACCAGGAACUGUUGAUCCUGUAAAAUCUGAACGUUUAAGGACAUGGGACGAUUCUUCUCCAUACCAUAAAAAUCGACCGAAGCGUGGACCGAGAGGACCAGAAGGUGUGCUCCGACUGAUUGAAAAGGAUAUCACGCCUCACAAUAUACCAAAGAUUACUGGUGUUACGGUCCACAGUAUGGUUAAGGGAGCAAUUGAUGAUUCUGCCCAUUUGCACGUGGCAGGAAUGGUUCUCCAAGCUGUUACUGGAGUUCGGCCGAAGGUUCACAGAGCCAAGCGUGGUCUUGCGCAAUUCGGGCUUCGAGAGAGAAUGCCUAUUUCGUUGACUUGCCAAUUCCGAGGAAACCAAGCUUAUGACUUUGUUGACAAAUGUAUAAGCUUGGUCUUCCCUAAGAUUAAGGAUUGGGAGGGUGUAGUUGGAACAACUGGAGAUAGCAGCGGAAAUAUUGCUUUCGGGUUCAACAGAGAGGGAGCUAUGCUGUUCCCUGAAAUCGAGAUCAAUUACGACAUGUACCCACCAAAGAUGAUUCCUGGUUUCCAUGUUGUUAUCCAUACUUCUGCGGCGUCCGACAGACACGCACGAUUAUUGCUCAGCUCAAUGGGAGUUCCAUUUACGGGGAAAUUGGUGGAUUAG